AUGCAACUUAUACAGGAAAUGUUCGCUAUACUGGUCACUGCGAAGCAAUAUGUUGCUGUUAUUGUUGGUUUUCUUGCCACUAUUCAGCAAUUAAUAUUUAAGGCAGAAAAGAAAACUGAGACAAAAGUUCAUCAAAGUUUUCCAAUCCAAUGUUGGGUGCCAGCAACAUUUACUGAACCAAUGGAGCAAUAUACAGAAAAUUUUUGCUGGGUACAGAAUACAUAUUUUAUACCGCUUCAAGAACAGAUUCCCAGUAAUCUGUUGGAACGGGACGAUAAAAAACUUGGCUAUUAUCAAUGGGUACCAUUUAUAUUGGCAUUGGAAGCAAUCCUCUUUUAUAUUCCAACCAUUGUUUGGCGGCUUCUCAGUUGGCAAUCC